UAGAAAUAACACGAUUCGCUCAAGGCGUGACGACCGAAGCGCGUUCACGUGGCGGGGCAAUACAGCAUCAUCAAAACACUGAAACACACCUCCAUCCAAACAGCUCAGCUCCUGGCCGGAAUAAACAAAAACACAAAGUAAAGACAAACGACGGGGAGAAGAAUAUUGCGCGCUCGAGAGCUUUUAUUUUUUUUAAAUAUUUUUUUUGCAUCCGUCCGGAGCAGGACUGGGGGAAUUUCUCCGUGUCGACUACCCGGUGGUUCUCUACACACACACACACACACACCUACCUUGUGCCUUUGAAAAAAACCACACACGCGCGCACACACACACACACAGCGGGGAAGGAGACGGGGAUCAUCUGAGAGGCGGCUGUCUAGAGAGGAGGUGGAGGACAAUGGAGGGGAUGCAGGCAUACGGAGCCGGGAAAGCCGGGGGAGCCUUCGACCCUGUCACCUUCCUCCAGCAGCCUCAGACCAUUCUCCGCAUCGUGUCUUGGCUCUUCUCCAUCGUGAUCUUCGGCUGCAUCGCCAACGAGGGCUACAUCAACCGGCCCAGCGAGGUGGAGGAGUACUGCAUCUUCAACCGCAACCAGAACGCCUGUAACUACGGCGUGUUCAUGGGCUCCAUGGCCUUCCUCUGCUGCGUCGCCUUCCUGGCUCUGGACGUCUACUUUCCCCAGAUCAGCAGCGUUAAAGACCGGAAGAAGGCCGUGCUGGCUGACAUCGGGAUUUCAGCGUUUUGGUCGUUCAUGUGGUUUGUGGGUUUCUGCUUUUUGGCCAAUCAGUGGCAGGUGACCAAGCAAGAGGACAACCCCUUGAGAGAGGGAGGCGACGCUGCUCGGGCGGCCAUCACCUUCUCCUUUUUCUCAAUCUUCACCUGGGCGGGCCAGUCGUUCCUCGCCUUCCAGAGAUACAAGCUGGGGGCCGACUCCGCCCUCUUCUCCCACGAAUACACCGACCCCAGCCAGGAUGCAGCUGGAGCGCCCUACACGUCCUUUGGAGGGGACGACUUGGAGAGCCCGGGCGGCGGAGGCGGUCAGGCCAACAGCGACGGGGCCUUCGACGGCUCCGGAGGCUACCAGCGCCAAGACUACUGAGACGUCGAGGUUCAGAUGGUGCUUUGGGAUUGAGAUGUUGUUGCCCAAACAAAACAAAACAAAAAUUCUAAUCUGAAUGAAUAUUUUUGUUGUUUUCUGUCACUGAAAACCACUGCCUCAGACCGACCCUGGUUACAGGUCUCUAAUAAUCGGAGUUCACGCAAUUCUGAUGGGCUGUUCUAAACCGCUGUUUGACACAAUGGCUGAAAGUUGACAUGGUAACUCAGACAUGUGGGUUAUGAUCUGUAACAAAUUGUCUCACAGAAUUAAUAGUGGGAGAGGACCAUAUUCUCUACCUUGGUAGAAAGCUUGUAGAGAUUUAUAGAGAUUUUCUACCAAUGGUAGAAAGUAUGACACACUAAUCAGAGGAACAAUUUGUACCAAUUACUUUUUCUGACUUUAUUGUGUUGCUUGAAGCUCUCUUCAUGUUUGGAUGUAUCUCUAGAAUAUGUUAACAGGUAUUAGCACCCCUGGUCAAGAUGCUUUAAAAAGCCUUAAAAUAAAUGAUCAUUAUCUCCAACAUGCAAUUGUUUUUUGUUGCAUUCCUCUAUUGGCAACCCUGGAGGAUUGUGUUGGCUUAUUUGUACUUCUUUAAAUAAGAAGAGUGACAUGAAUCUUCCUUUCAUCAAUGGCAAGUUUUCUUUGCGUUUAUCCCCAAAAGGCAGGGCUGAGACUCUUCGUAGAAUUACAUUUAAUAGUCCAAUUAUGGUUUAUAUUAUUUAUUUAUUGAGUUACACUUUGAAUUAGGAGUUUUAGAAUGUGACAGCCGUAAACAAAUAGUUGAGAUUAUGUCAUUUCUCUCACUUGUUCAUUUGUUGUUGCCAGUCAGGUAUCGUGUAUGCUGUUUCAAUACAGAUUUAGCAGAGUUUUUUUUUAAAAAGUGGAUUUAUUCAAAGAUUGAUUUAUUUAAAAGCACGUUCGGAAACCUGCUAAUUACUUGUCGACAUUUAUUUGCAAAUGGUGGGGAGGUGAUGAAAAGUGACAAAAAGCUCAGAAAAAAGAAGCAGAAAUUAUUCAACUAACUCAUCAGCAUUGAUGUGUGACCUUGAAACUAUGAAAAAUUUACAUUUCUUCAGUUUCACUGCAGUACACUUUACAUUUAAAGGUGUUAGCUUUUUUGCUUAUAUUAUUAUGACUAUUAUUAUUAUUAUUUAGAACUAGUAUUUUAGAAGCAAUAUUGUCAAUUUACAAAUUGGCUCAAAUCUUUGAUGAAUUAAACUACAAACAACAACAAAAACAACUUGUGAGAAACAAACUGAGAAUUGGAGUGGCUCUUGGGGGACCCCUGCUGGCUGGAGGCCUUAAGCAGCAAUGAUUUGCUCAUGUCCCUUCCUGUUUGCCUGGGGAAACAGGAAGUUUGAACUUGUUUGCCUGCAGUCUAAAAGUUACGGGACUUUUAGACCGUAAAAGUCCCGCCUUGAGGCCUAGAACUAAAAGUUCCCAUGUGUAUUAUCACCAACUAAAGGAAUUAAGUAUAAAAUGACCAAAGGAAAGAUUAGGGUUAAAAAUAAGUGUGGUACUGGUAAUUUUGUACAUAUAUAAAAAGAAUUGAAGGAAUUGAUUUUUUUCUUCUAAAUAACUAUUCUAUUCUACUCAUGUGAAAAGGCUGCUUUUUCUUCUUUUCAUUUUGUACUUUAAAAAAAUAUGUAUUUAUUUCAGGGCUUUUUUUAAACAUUUUUUACCAGGGGUUCCAGUGGAUGCAAAGGUACUGCGGUCGUGGUUUACACUUUGGAGACGUAUGUGAUGUGAACAUGCGUGGGAAAAUGUUUUGAAAUACAAGAAUUAGUUGGAUAAAAAUGGUUUGGAAAUGGAGAGAACUAGAAGGAGAUUGUGUAGUUAUGGGAAAAUUAUCACCCUUUCGCAAAUCAAUACUUCUGAUCACAUUGUUUUCCUCUCAGUCAGCUCCGUAACAUAAAUCACUGUCCGCUAUAAAAACUCCCACAUCCAGAGUGGGUAAUAAAUUAAGAGUAGAUUGAUUUUUAAUGAGAUACACGGUUUAAUGCAGGAUAAAGCGUAGCUGGUAUCUAAUAACAGUGUAUUUAUGUGUCUGUAUGCGUGUGUGUUGCAAUGUUUUGUUUCCCUGAUACUUGUACGUGAGACAGAUUUUUUUUUUUUUUCUGUUUAUUUUUUUAUUUUUUGUUCAAUUGUUGCCUUAGUGCUGACUGCCAAGCAAAAUGCAACCAUCAAAGGCGACACACUUGCACGCCCGACGUCCCAACUUACACUUUUCUCUCCUAACCUUUUCCCACUAAAGUUCAUUUUGUUACAUUUUCUGCGGCUUCGGACUCUGAGGGCACAAAAACGAGAGAACGAAACCAAGCUUGAGUUAAAAUGAUGCAGCAUUAUCAAUGCCACACGUGUCGACGUUGUCAAAAGAACUUUUCGCCUCGGUUUUAUUUCAACAACAGGAUUCAACCGUGAACCUCCUGAGUAUUUAUGAACACGCAUUGCUCUAUUUUCUUCUACAGUAAUGUACACCUAUCUCUCUCUAUAAAUAUAUACAUAUGUGUAAAGCGAUAAUUCAGUGUUUGACAGAGAGAUUUUGCUUUAUUUUAGGGCAUUACUCUAGUUAUGUAUAAUAAAAAAAAAUUAUAAUGAAAAGACAAGAUAAAUAAAUUCUAUUGUCUGUUGAGUGUUAUUGUGAUAAGAUACAUAUGACGAGGCUGUCUAUGCCUCGUCUUUUAUGUUGCUUUCGAGAUAGGGAGAUGUUUUUAUUUUUGGGAUAACAAUACAAUAACUACUAAAAUAAACAAAAAGAGAAAAAUUCGAACGUAUAUUUACCAAUAUGUACUUUAUACCUCUGUGUAGUCGUAGAAAUGUGCGAUGUUUUCUCCGUGAGAUUUGUUAAAGAAAGCAAGGUACGGCUUAAGAACAACAGUGUGUGUUUUUGAUGUAUCUGGUUUCAGUCAUAAAAAUAAAGACAGUACUGAUAAAUA